AUGACUCCUCUUCCGUCCAAGUCCAGCUCAUCAACCCUUCCCAAAGGUCUUCCUCUGGAACUGUGGAAACUCAUACUGAGCUAUAUCGAGCCAGACUACGAGCAAGCAAUCCCAAUUGAUAAGGCCAUUGCCAGGCGUCAAUUCCUGAGCGUCGAGAGCUUCGUCCCGCCAGACCCCCGAGACUCCCUCGCCAAUGUUGGAAGGCAUAGUAUUGGCAGGCUAAGGCUCGUCUGUCGUGGGCUUGCUGAAGUCGGAGCACCCUUUCAAUUUACCCAGCUUGUUGUUAGAUUUUCGCAGAAGGGCCUGAGACGACUCGACAACAUAUCACAAUGCCCACACCUCGCACGGCUUGUGAGACGAUUUACCUACAUGGUACCAUAUUUCUUCGAAGAAGGCCUCAACAACUUCGACGAGAUCAGAGAUGACCUACGCCAAGAAGGACUUAAGAACUUCAACAAAUUGCGAGAGAAGGCAGAUGACCAAAGAGACAUUCUCGAUCAGCAUCUCGACGUGCAAGUCCUCAAAAAGGCGAUCGCCAACUUCACCUCCUUGCAGCUUGUUCAGCUUCUACGGUGGACAGAGCAUGAAGACCGCAUCGUGUUGGACUAUCUAAAAAGACAUGAAGAGGCACGUCGCACCGUGAAUCUCGAUUGGACCUUGGCCUGCUCCCGUGCAGGGCAGACCGUGGGCAUUGCACUUCUGAAUGCCCGCAAAACCGAGCCGAACAGGUUCAUCCUGCCAUUCGCGAGUCCUACCAGCGCACAGUUCCUCAGACAAUCGAAGCCGAACUCAGUCUGGUCCUUGGCAGAGAAGUUGACGUGCCUCACGUUGCAUUUUGACGAUGGAGAAGAUCUAGAAGGGAAACUUCAAGAUUUGUCUGAGCUCUUCCACGCCAUCUUCACCAAGGCAUCCAAGAUGAAGGCUGUUCAUAUCGGAUUCCCACCACAGCACCCGCUUAGUCUGCCCCUGGAAAAGGUCUUCCAUCAUGUGAAAUGGGACGACCUCAUUGCAUUUGGCGUGCAAGGUUGGGAACUAGAGAAAGCUGAGAUUAUCGGGUUGUUGGAGCGGCACAAAGAUCGUUUGAAGGGUGUCCGACUUCGAGACGUCCACCUCAAGGACGGCAGCACUUGGAAGGAGAUUCUGAGCUUCAUGAGGGACGAAAUGAGAAUGCUGCAGUGGGUCAGCCUGAGGCGCAUCGGCUACACUGCCUACUCCACAUCGCAAUUGCAACAGCACCCCGGGGCCGAAGUCCCACCCUUCCUCAGCGACAGCGAAGAAGACUCCGAGGACGAAAGUGAAGAAGACGAGCCGAUCCCUGGACCGAGCACGCACGUUGACUCCGACGACGACUCCAACUUCGACGAAGACUCCGACGACGAGCACGAGCCUCACGCGAACGAUAUGGAUUUCCCGAGUUUCUCCCCGGACACGCCGGCUUCGGCAUCGUGGUGCAACUGCAGCGGCGAUGAUCAUGUGGGUUCUGCUGAAGAGCUUGGCGAUACCGAUAUCAUUGUCAGUAAUACUAAGCGGAAGCAUUGGGAGCGGUGGGUGUUGAGACGCUGUCCUGAGCAUGGGGAGCGAUGA